AUGCCUUUCCACGAAUACCAGGUCGUUGGGCGUCAUCUCCCCACCGAGAACGACCCUACCCCCAAGAUCUACCGCAUGCGCAUCUUUGCGCCCAACGAAGUCGUCGCCAAGUCGCGGUUCUGGUACUUCCUCAGGCAACUGAAGAAGGUGAAGAAGGCCAGUGGCGAGAUUAUUGGCGUCAACGUUAUCCAUGAGAAGAAGCCACUGAAGAUCAAGGUCUUCGGCAUCUGGCUUCGUUAUGACUCGCGCUCCGGUACCCACAACAUGUACAAGGAGUUCCGUGAGCUCAGCCGCACGGACGCCGUCAAGGCCCUGUACCAGGACAUGGCUGCCCGCCACCGCGCUCGCUUCCGGUCGAUCCACAUCCUCCGUGUCGUCGAGGUUGAGAAGUCCGAAGACAUUCGCCGCCCGUACAUCAAGCAGCUCCUUGUCCCUAAGCUCAAGUUCCCCCUCCCCCACCGUGUCUCGAAGGUCCGCUCGACCUUCGUUGCGAACAGGCCGUCGACGUUCUAA